GAAUUUUCUACAAAGAAAGUUCAUUAUUUCCUUCCGGCCAUUUUUUGAUUCAAGGAAUCACAGGAAAUCACAAAUCUGUAAACAGUCCCAAGAUGUCUCAGACACAACCUCGACAAAACUUUCAUGCUGAAACUGAGGCGGGAAUCAACAAGCAUAUAAAUCUCGAACUGCAUGCGUCUUAUAUUUAUCAGUCAAUGGCAUAUUACUUUGACAGAGAUGAUAUAGCACUUCCAGGUUUCCAUAAAUAUUUUGAGAAACUGUCAAAACAAAAGAGAUGUGAGGCAGAAAAGUUAAUGGAGUAUCAAAAUAAAAGAGGUGGAAGAAUUGUACUUCAGGAUGUUCAGAAACCAGACAAAGAUGAAUGGAAAACUGGUUUGGAUGCAGUACAGACAUCGUUAAGUCUGGAGAAAAAGGUCAAUGAGGCCAUUCUGGCUCUACACAAGAUUUCUUGUACUCAGGGUGAUGCACAUUUUGAAGAUUUCCUUGAAGACCAUUUCUUGGGUCAACAAGUGGAAAUAAUCAAGACAUUGUCAGAUUAUGCAACCAGGCUAAAGAAUGUUGGCCCAGGACUAGGAGAGUACAUAUUUGACAAAGAUCUGUCUUCCUAAAUGAUACAGGGAAGAGGAAAAUCCAUUCCAGGAACUAUCAAAAGAAAAGAAUGAUGUUUAAUAUUCAGUGCAAUUUAUAACAAUGUUGUGCUUUCAAAUGUAUUUCCUCUGUUUUUGUAUUCCACAGCAAAUUUAUGUACCGUUGUAUCAGGCCACUUCAAAUGAUAUUCCAUUGUUUCAAGACACAAUAAGGCCACACCAUAUUGAGAGUCUAUUAUUUCAGGAUACACAAAUUGAAAGUCUAUAAUUUUAGAUUAGACCAACUUGAUAGCUUAUCAUUUCAGCCAAUUCGAGUCACACCAAAUUGUCAGUUUGUCUCUUUACAAAUUGCAGACUUAUAUACCUUAUUUCAUUGGUCAUUUCUUAUCCUAUAGUAUGCUUCUAGAUGUAAGACAAAGGACAAUCAAUCAUAAUAAAUGAUUGAUUAUACUUAACCUCACAUGUAGAGGUAUAAUAUAGAAGAAUGAACACCCCUUUCUCCUAAAAGCUUGAUAGAUUUCAAUAAAGCAUUUAGACAAUCUUUAAUAUUUAAUGGCAAUGUGAAUGUUUCACAAUAUCAACAAAGAGAUAAUGAAUGGAUGUACAGGUGUCAUGAAAUAAUAGAAAAUAGAUUAUAACUGACAAGAAGAUAUCAUUUGAAUUUCCUUUUUUGUAUCUUGUCAUUAUUCUUCAUGCAGAGAAGUUGCAGAGGGCAUUAAUAAGCUGUUUUGAAUCUUCAGGCAAUAUUUAUAUGUCUUUCAUUUUACUCAAUUGUAUUUUGAUAUAUAAAUAUAUAUUUCAUUUAAUGUUUUACAUCAUUAAAUGUUUAUUUACAUUAUUAUCAUAGGAUAGAUAUAUCUAUGGUGCUAAACUAUAGUCAGAACACAUUAAUUGUUGAUGGGGAAAUUUUUUGCAAGAAUUUAAUUUCUGACAAUUAUAAGAAAGUACAGUUUAAAACAACUUCAGAAAUACACAUUAAAUUAGACCACUCAUAUAAGAAAUUCUUGGUCUAAUUUAAACAUUUCAUAUGUCUGAAAUUAAAGCCUUGUUGAAAAUAUCCCAGUUGUAAUUAAAGAACUGUCUCGUUUAAAGAAUUUCCGUUUUAACUGCAUUUUCCCAAACUGUCAAAUCUAUUGAAUAAUUAUCACAAGUUAGUUGUUACAAUUAUACACUUUGAUCUUGUGUAUCACUUAACCCAAAUAUCACAUGGAAAGAACACGUUUGCUCCAUUGAAUAUAUUAUAAUUCCAAUACAGUAACACUACCUUAAAAAGCACCUACUGAAGAAAAACAUACAUUUUUUUAAAAUGAACCACAAGAGAAGCUAAUAUUUUAUUGUAUCUCAACUGAGAAGUUACUUAAUCUACCUCCUUAUGAUAUUAUGUUUCCAGACUAAUAGAGUCAGUAAGAUUUUUAUUAGCCCAAGACAGGACUUAUUAUAGUAUACCAAUGUUCGUCCAUCCCUCAGUCAACACUUCGUACAUUAACUCAAAAUUGCUUUAAGCAAUGAUCAUACAAUUUUAACACAACACAAGGAUUGAUGUAAAAAAGCUUUCGAUGACAUUUCAGAGUUACAGGACUUGAACCAUUUGAAUUAAGGCAAUUAUUCACAUCUCGUGCACUAACUCUAGUAUGCCUUGAUUGAUGAAUGUACUCUUGAUUAUGAAAUUUUUCUGGUUUCUCAUUCCAGAGUUAUGAGACUUUUAACAGUCAUAAUUGACACAAUUCUUGUCGAAGGAUAUCCUCAUGCGUGUUUUUCUAUGGAGCCAUUAUAUUUGCUUCUGAUUAAAUGCCUUCUAAACACCUGAUUUUAUUUUUGUAACAAUUUCAAUAUGCACAAGAAUAGGGUAUUAUGCGUUGUGCGCAGCUGUUUAUUGAGCACAAUAUGUCAAAACUGUGAUACAGAUUGAUCUCAUAGAAUCUUUAAUCAUGAAAUUAUUGUAUAUUCAUAAAUGUUUGUUGUAUUGUAUAAAUUAAAAUACUAAGAUCAUG